AUGAAGUUUGCAAAGACAUUGGAACGGACACUAGCUGAGGAUAUACCUGAAGAAUGGGUAGAAGCAGCAAUCAAAUACAAAGCUUUGAAGAAAUGUAUUAAUAAAGUGGUUGAUGAACUACAAUUUCUUGGUCUAGAGCAAAACAAAUUGAAGCUUAUACUUAAUGAUAAAGUGGUUGAUGUUGGCGAUGACGAGUCAACAAACCCACUGAAUCCAAUCAUUGCUCAAUAUACAUUGACCAAGCCUUCACCUGAAAGUCAUAUGGUUAAACCUAUGUUGAAGAUUACUUUGGAUUUCAGCCAUGAAGAACUAUCAAGCGAUAAAAUUAACCAGAUUUGUCAUGAAAUAAAGGAGAAGAUUGAAGGAUUGUUGAAUGAGGAUGAAAGUGAAGCAGACGAAGAAAAGAUUAUAGAGCUAACUGAAGAUGAAGGCGAGUUGAAAGUUGUUUCAAGUAGGGAAGGCUCACUAUCUCCAACCAUACACCCUCUGUCACCACCAGCGUCGCCUCCCUUGACCGCGAGUGAAACUAGCAAUCAGUUGGAUAAACUAGUGUUGGAUGAUGAUCAUAAAAAGCGAGAAAUCUACAUCAUGUUAAAUUCAGACAGCAAAUUUUUCAGAAUGUUGGAAGAAGAAUUGGAAGCGUUGGACUCGUUACGAAAAGAAGAAGAAUCAAAAUUAAUUGAAGAAGUGCAAAAUGUUGCCCAAGCAGUAUCAUCCAUGAAGGACAAACAAUCUGAACUUUACAAAUGGCGAGAAUUGUUUAGGAUCUACCUAGAUUCCGAAGUUUACUUCAAGUACAAUGAAAUAGACCAUGAGCAAAGAAACAGUGAACAAGUUGAGGAACACCUUCAGGAAUUUAUGACAAACGUCAACAAGACGGGGAUCCUCACCCAUUUCAAAAAGAAAAAGAGUCUUGAAACGUACAACCAGUUUGUUAAAAUGAAUUACCAUUUAUUGAAAAUGAUUCAAUUUCAAACGAUAAACACGGAAGCAUUACGAAAGAUUUUGAAAAAGUUUGACAAGCAAACGUCAUUGGGGAUACAGGAAAUUUAUCCCAAACUUGUAUCGUCAGAUCACAUCUUUGUGGGUGGUAAAUCCUUAGCCCAGUCAAUUUGCUACGUUAUGCAGACUUCAGUUCUACAAAUAAUCCCCCAAUUAGAUGAUUAUUCUUGUCCUAUAUGUACCAGUAUUGCAUAUAAACCAAUCCGUCUAUCUUGUGGUCACUUGUUUUGUGUUCGAUGUUUAGUUAAAAUGAAAGAGCGUGAUAGAAAUGAUUGUCCAUUUUGCCGAAGAACAAAUGCUAUAUUGGAGGCAGAUUCGGGUAAUUUAGAUUUGGAAGCAAUGGAAGUCAUGAAAAAAUAUUUCCCGGUUGAAGUGAAGGAGAAAUUGAAAGAUAGAAGUAAAGAAAGAUAUCUUGAGUUUAGAGGAAGUGACAAGGACGAUAAGUGUAUUAUUAGUUAG